AUGAUUAUCUUAAUCAAAACGUAUAACGUUUUAAAAUACAACAGUUUGACUCGUUUUACAAUUAACUUUUGUAUUUUUAAAUAUCUUGAUAAUAAAAAUGAUGAUUUAAGAAAAGAAAUUCUACAACUAAAUAUAAAGUUAUCAAAUUUUCUUUUUAUAGAAAGUGAAAAAUAUGAUAUAUAUUUGAGUUAUUACGUAAAAAAAUAUAUUCUUCUCAAUUAA